AUGACUGGUUUGGCAACAAUGAUUGCAAUCAAACUCAAUUCAACAAACUAUAUUUGUUGGCGUACACAGAUGUUGCCAAUCAUCACCUAUCAAGAAUUGCUACCUCAUAUUGAUGGCUCCCUCUCUGCUCCUUCUCCUCUGAUCACAUUAGACAAUAAACAGGUUCCAAACCCAGAUUAUGCUUCAUGGGCAAGGAAUGAACAACAGGCUAUUAUUCUUCUCAAUGCUUCGUUAACCGAAGAAGCCCUUUCUGUCACAGUUGGUCUCACUUCUGCGCGUGCAAUUUGGGUCGCUCUUGAGGCAGCUUUUUGCAACGCCUCGGUUGAAAGGGUUCAGAAUUUAGAAUUUACGUGA